CCGGUCACCAUAUCCAUUCCUUUCAGCAACGCUGCUACUGGUAUCGGAUUUCAAAUAGGACAUCCACCAUCAUCGGACUUCCGACCCUUCCUUGGACGUCUACCACUGAUAUUCAUCGCCCUCAACACACAGGGUCCCAGCCAUGUACGGCGCACAAGCGCAAUCACGGCCCAACUCAUUUUACAACCCCGAGCUUUCUCAGGGAGACCCAUCUUAUCAGCCGCAGCAGCAGUACAACAACCAUCAGCAGAAAGACUAUCUUCCCGAUCCACCCCGCCGCCCUCGCCAGUCUCGCCCAUCUAACUCUCCCGCUCAAUACCCUGUAGACACCGCAUAUGACGAUUAUGACCACGAUGACGCCCCCGAUCUUGCUCAACAGGAUACGGAAGACUUCUACGCACCGCAACAGCGCCGUCGUCCUCAUUCCGCUGGCGGGCACUCCCCCCCACCCCAUUCCAACGGGCCCCUCCUCGACCACUCUCACCUCCGUCCUGGCAACCAAGCUUCUCUUCUCUCGCACGAGCGAACACUCGAACUCUACCGCGCCAAUGCCAAGAAAAAUCAAAGCCCCGAUACUCAGUUCGAAUUCGCAGUAUUCAUGAUAGAAGCCUCAAAGUCAGUCCAGAUUCCAGCUCCGACACCAGGAAAUGUCGUGGAGAUCGAGAAGGCACUGGAGAAGCGCGAUAACCUGAUCCAGGAGGCAAUAGCAUUGCUGAAACGCCUAGCUGAUCGGGGUCACGCCGAAUCGCAGUAUUUCUUGGCAGACUGUUAUGCCAACGGGAUCGGGACUUACAAAGGCAGGCAGGACUUUGAUCGGGCGUACCCGCUGUUUAUUCUCGCUGCCAAACACGGUCAUCCGGAUGCUGCGUAUCGUGCUGGUACUUGCUGCGAAAACGGGUGGGGAUGUAGGCGAGAAUCGGCCAAAGCCCUUCAGUUCUUCCGGAAGGCAAGUGCAGCGCUCCACCCCGGAGCGAUGUAUCGCCUGGGGAUAGCCGAACUGAACGGUGAACUCGGUCUCUCGAAGCGACCACGUGAAGGCGUCAAGUGGCUGAAACGAUCGGCGGAACAUGCUACCGCAGAGUUCCCCCAUGCUCUGCACGAGCUGUCGCUGCUACACGAGAACGGAAUAUAUAACGUUGUCUUUGUCGACACCGAGUAUGCGGUUGAGCUGCUGGCGCAGGCUGCGGAACUGGGAUAUGGUCCAUCCGCAUACCGGUUAGGCGAGUUCUACGAGUAUGGGAAGCUGGGCUGCCCACAGGACCCAGCGCUCUCCAUCCACUAUUACAAUAUUGCUGCCCAACAAAAUCAUCGAGACGCCUGUUUUGCACUAACGGCAUGGUACCUUGUUGGCUCACCAGGGGUACUUCCUCAGUCUGAUACAGAGGCGUUCCUGUGGGCGAAGAGGGCAGCAGACGGGGGACUUGGCAAGGCCCUGUAUGCCGUAGGAUAUUUCCUUGAAGUGGGCAUCGGUACAACCCCCGACCCAGCAGAAUCUUUAUCAUAUUAUAAGAAAGCUGCAGAAUUGGGCGAUAAACGAGCGCAACAGCGACUUAGAGGACCUCCUGGUAAUGGGGCAUCAGUGCAACCAACCGACGGUUCAGAAGGGAAGAAUAACAAGGACUGCAUCAUAAUGUGAAAAUCCGUUCCCCACACGCAACACCUCCGAUGGCAGCGGUUCCCGGCGAACUCCCCAUUAAUAUGGACUACAGUUUUGUUUACUAUUUUACCUGCCAUACUACGCAUUGGAUUCGGUGGACCUGACUACUUUUCACCACAAUACCUACAUACUCUCCCUUGAUGCCCACGUUCGCUCCUUGCCGAUGAUUAGGCGUCCUGGGCGCAAGGACGUAUUUUGAUCCGUUACAGAUCUUACCCCAACAUCAUAAAUAUCCAAACGUACAGCUA